GAAAUUACGUAUUUGGCCCCGCGCCGCACGCCCUCUUCUCGUGCUCCAGCGGAUUCGCUAGGCCGCGAGCCUCCAAAACCCUAACCCUAAAUUUGGGGGCGCUUGGGUCAAAGAGACGGGGGGAGGAAUCGAGCCGGCGGCUUGCGGCGGCAUCAGCGAUGGCGGCGAAGCGGGAGAUCUCGAGCACCCUCAGGAACCUCAAGUUUAUGCAGCGCGGCGCGGCUGCGCAGAAGGCCGAGGAGAAGGCCGAGGUGGAGGUACAGGAGGAGGAGGUGGUGAUGGCGCCGAGUGGAGGCUUCGCCUCGUCCGCGCAGGUCGUUAGGAAGUGCAUAGUUAUCAUGGAGGGUAAUCCUCAUCCAGGAGCUAUAAAGGGUCGGAUGUCUUUCCAAAAUUUCAAUCCAUCUAUCGAUAAACUAAAUGAAGAGGCAAGAGGUGACCAGCAAACAGAAUCAGCUUCCCCCAGUAACUGUGACCAAGACAAUGCAAACUCCAGCAGAGGGAAUGAAGUUCCAGCAUCAAGAUGUAGAGAUUUUGGCAUUCCCAGUUCAGAAAGCAUAUCUCUAAAUGAACUGAAGAGGAAGGAGCCCGACCUUGAUAUGGAAACACCGGCAUCUUACAAGGAACCAAAAACCAAUGUUGGCGGUAGGUCAUCUUCACAAAGCAAUGGUCGCGGAUCACACAAGUCCAACAAGCGUGAAAAGCUCGACUUCAAUCAUCUAAGACCGAAGAAAUGAAAAAUGGUGUUCGAGUUAGCUCUUGUACUCUGUUUGUAGCUGUACCCAAUUGGCCAUCUGCUGUGUUUUGUCGAUUAUAUCUAGAGAGCUGGUAACCAUGUCCAUGUGACCAUGUGGCAUGCAUUCUUAGUGAGAUUAUGUGGUGUUAAUCAUUUUUCUUUCUAUUGAUGUGUUCUACUCAACUACUCUGCUGUAAGAUGUGAGGCUCUACUGUACAGCAGUGAUGAAUGCAGUUCUGCUUAUGUUUUAUGUCGCCU